GGAAAUGGCGUUUACGUGGGGUAGUCCAAAAACUCGCUCGCCAAGCAGUUACGAACAACGCGUUGAGAAGUCAAACCUGUAAUCUCAUACUUUCUCUAGACUAUAUUGUUGUCAUCAUGCCCGUUUGGUGUUCUGUACCAUACUGUGCUAAUUACAAACAAGCGCAAAAAGAAGGAGUAAUCUUUCACAGUUUACCUACCGGAGAUAUACCCCGAUGCCGUAAAUGGCUCGCGGCUAUCAAGAAUAAUAUUUACAAUGUCAACACACCAGUGGCCAAGUAUCAAAACAUCCGCGUCUGUAGUCAACAUUUUCGGCCAGAAGAUUAUUUGAGGGAUUAUCAAUCUGAAUUGAUGGGGAAGCCAAAUCGACGGCAGCUAAAAAGGGACGCGAUACCAUCGGUGUUUUCCUUCACAACAAAACGGAAGACAUCCGAUCAACCAACACCAGCACAGAAGAAAAGAUCUCGAUUAGAGUAUCUGAAGAGUAUUGAAGCUCUCAUCACACCAGAGGUGGCUCCAAUAUUGCCUGGAAGGAAGAACAAAGGUGUUCUGACUCGUCCCCGUGUCCAGGAUUCUGGAACCAGCAUUGACAUUACACCUGAGAGUGCAGAUGUGUGUGUGAACAGAGUCUGUCUGCUGCAGCUCUUCCUGCUCUGCGAGAGGUGUGGCUGCGACUGUGAUGCCAGGAUCCAGGAUGAACUGGGUUGCUUCUCUGUCGUUCAGAAGUGCCCGUUCUGCAGUCACCACAGGAAAUGGAUGAGCCAGCCCUCUUUUGCCCAGGAAACCUGUGGAUUGAAGGAAGAGGCGAUUGGAGGGACAUGGUCCCAGCCAUGUGAAGACAGAGACCCAGACCUAGAGAACAUUUGCUUGACUAUGGAAAUCACUGAGGAGUUGUGUGAACAUGAUGCUCGGUCCUCGGACGAGGAGAGUGAGGAGGACGAAAAGCCCAAGAAGCGGAAUAAGCAGGAGAGAUCAGAUGAGACCGAGUGGGAGCCGUCUGACGAGGAAGACAUUGUAGUGGACUCUGAUUCUUCUGAGGAUUUGGAAACGGCAGGUUCCUCUGGUCUAACAGAAAAGGCCAACGUUGAUAAUUCUCAGAGCGGAAUAGAGAAAGAAGAGAGACUUGUGGAGUGGUGCACUGACUGUGGAGCCGAGCCUGUACUCGCCUGCACCACACAGCGACAUAAGAAGCUGUACGCCUGUGGUGUGUGUGUGAGUGAGGUCCAACAAGCUGUUGGAUUUGACCGAUUCUACAUGCAGUUCGAGGACCCGGCCAGCUUCAAGGAACAUGUACGACGUGAACACAACACAAAACCUCAUAGGUUGCUCUGUACAGACUGUGGCAUCUUUCCUCACAAGAAGGACCAUUGGUGUGAGCACAAGAUCAAGAAAUUCCGCUGUGUAGACUGUGGUAAGCGCUGUAGGACUGAAACGGGUAUCAAGAUUCACAGGCACCUCCACCACCCUGACCAUGUUUUCCCCUGUAAGUUCUGCCUGCAGCCAUUCAAAACCAGGUCGGACAAACUGACACACGAUGAAAGCCAUCAGGGUGAGAUCUCUCCCUACCAGUGCUCAGAAUGCUCCGAAAAAUUUGAUGACUUAAUGGAAAGGAACAGCCACCUACGAACCCACAGCAACCUGAAUAGAAACAUCUGCCACACUUGUUACAAAGAAUUUUCUAACAAAAACCAUCUGGAGAGGCACAUGAUUAUUCACACAAGGCAGAAGCCCCACAUGUGCCAGGUCUGCCAACAGUCCUUCAACCAAGCGAGCCACCUUAAGUCCCACAUGCGCCUCCACACAGGGGAGAGGCCCUUCAAGUGCCAGCAGUGUGAGAAGUGCUUCAAUCACAAUGUCAGUUUGAAGAACCACAUCCAACGCUAUCAUGGCCCUGAGAAGAGCUGAGGAAGAGGAGAGUUACACAGGCUGAGGGAGAGGAGACUUACACAGGCUGAGGGAGAGGAGACUACCGCAGGCUGAGGGAGAGGAGACUACCGCAGGCUGAGGGAGAGGAGACUACCGCAGGCUGAGGGAGAGGAGACUACCGCAGGCUGAGGGAAUUUCUGGUUUUUCAACCGGAAAUUAAAAUGAGCUAUUUACUACUACUUUAACCAGUACUUCGUUUGUGUUGAUGUUAUAUAACAUGUAUUGAUUACUUUCUACAUAUUUUAAACAUUUGAAAUUCCAGUUGUUUUAAUAGUUGUUGAAAUAUCAUAUUAGAAAAUAGUUAUAUUUAUAUAGAGGAUUUUUGCAUUUGCUGUCAUGAGGAUGAUUUAAAGUUCCAUUUUGAAAUACUGCCUUUAUAGAUUUCCGUGCAACUUUUAAGAUUUAUAGUCGAUGUAAUAUUCAAGCUCAAUAUAAUAUCCAACUAUUUCACUGAUUCAUAGUCCGCUCAGUUCUGUGACAUAAACAGAAUUGUUCAACAGA